CCUCCUUCCUCAUCGAUCCAAACUCCGAUCAGUAGCUCUCCACUUCAAAUCGAUCUCUCGAAACCCUAAUCAAUCUCCUUCCUCCAGCUUCACCGACCGAGCAGCAGACGCGCGACGAUGGAUUUCCGCCUCACCGGCCUCGAGUCCCCGCUCUUCGCCACCCUGCACCACCUGAUGGACGUCCCCGAGGAGGCCGAGAAGUCCGCCAGCGCCCCCACCCGCACCUACGUCCGCGACGCCCGCGCCAUGGCCGCCACCCCGGCCGACGUCAAGGAGCUCCCGGGGUCCUACGCCUUCGUCGUCGACAUGCCCGGCCUCGGCUCCGGGGACAUCAAGGUCCAGGUCGAGGACGACAACGUGCUGGUCAUCAGCGGCGAGAGGCGGCGCGAGGAGGAGAAGGAGGGCGCCAAGUACCUGCGGAUGGAGCGGCGGGUCGGCAAGUUCAUGCGGAAGUUCGUGCUCCCGGAGAACGCCAACACGGAGGCCGUCUCGGCGGUGUGCCGCGACGGGGUGCUGACCGUCACCGUGGAGAAGCUGCCCCCGCCGGAGCCGAAGAAGCCGAAGACGAUCGAGGUCAAGAUCGCCUGAAGCGGGCCCGCGGAGCUGAGCUACGGGUGUGCCGAUGAGGAUGCUCAUUGGGAAUGAAGAAUAACGAUGGGCGUGCUUUGCUUUUAAGAAGGUUGUUCUUGUGUUUUGCGCGCGGAACUAGCAGGUUCUUGCGCAGGUGCUAUGUUUUUUUUUUUUUUUUUCCUUUUUUUUGGGUCGAAGCGCAGGUGCUAUGGUUAGUAGGCUAUGCGUUUGAUGUUUGGCUCGUGCUUAUCAUGAAUGAAUAUCGGUGGAUGUGUUGUAUUCUGAA